GCCCGCGGGCUUGUUUUCCUUCGCCUCCCCGCCUUAUCAGCUGGGGCUGCUUGGCGCCUCCCUCCGAGCGCCGCCUACUCGAGAGGAGGAGGAGGAAGUCCCCGGGGUGUUGGGUGCCUUCCUGGGUUAACCACCUUCACGCGGAGCCGCGUUUGGGUGGGGGCAGAAGCGCCUUGGUCGGGUUUGCGCCCCUCGCCCCUAAGAACCAAAGCAAGUAAGAGAUAACACAGCUGAAGGUGACUCAUGUGGUCUUUACUGUAUUACAUUUGGUAACCGGUCCGGGGCUGUGCGUUAUAAACACUGGAUAACCUUGAGAAUAAUUGCACAGUUAUUUUCAUACCAAUGGUCCCAGCAUCAGUUGCAAGUUGAAAUACUGGUAGCUCAUGUUUCCAUUUAGCGAGGAAGAAGUGAAUGGGAAUAAACAUGGAUUUGAACGCUCGAAGUUAUUUACUCCAGAACUUCAUAUCUUUGGAAAGGGAUAUCAAAACAUCUUACAUAAUGGAUCAUAUGAUUGAAGAUGAAGCAUUAACAUUACAAGAUGAAGAGAAAGUAAAAGCUCAGACUACACAGAGAGAACGAGCAGCUAUGCUUCUAGAAAUAAUUCUCACCAAAGAUGACCACGCAUACAUUUCCUUUUAUAAUGCUCUGCUUCAUGAGGGGUACAAGGACCUUGCUGCCCUUCUCCAAGAUGGCCUCCCUAUUAUUUCACCUCAUAACGGAAAGAAUUCAGUGGAUGGGGUAACCUCAUAUGUUAAGACUAUCCUUUGUGAAGGCGGAGUUCCACAGCGACCGGUAGUGUUUGUCACUCGUCCAGAACUUACAAGAACAAUUCAACAGAAACUGUACAGGUUAAAAAAUGAUUCGGGAUGGGUUAUUGUUUAUGGAAUGGCAGGAUGUGGAAAGUCUGUCUUGACCGCAGAAGCACUGCGUGACCACGAACUUUUGAAAGGUUGCUUCCCUGGAGGAGUGCAUUGGGUGUCUGUUGGCAAACAAGAUAAAGCAGGACUACUCAUGAAGCUUCAAAAUCUCUGCAUGAGACUAGACCAAGACUUCACCUUUUCACAGAGGCCUCCACUAAAUAUAGAGGAAGCUAAAGAUCGCCUCCGUUGGCUGAUGUUACGCAAAUAUCCAAGGUCCCUCUUAGUGCUCGAUGACAUUUGGGAUUCCUGGGUAUUAAAAGCAUUUGAUAGUCACUGUCAGAUUCUUAUCACCAGUAGAGACAGGAGCGUGGCAGAUUCUGUGAGCGGCAAUAAAUAUGAAGUUCCUUUGGAAAGUGGAUUGUCACACAACAAAGCACUUGAAAUUUUAUCCCUGUUUGUUAAUAGGGACAUAAUGGAUCUGCCAGAAAAAGCUCAUAGUAUUGUAAAAGAAUGCAAAGGAUCUCCUCUUGUGGUGUCCUUGAUAGGAGCUUUAUUACGAGAUUUUCCAAAUCGUUGGGAAUACUACCAUAAACAGCUUCAGAACAAGCAAUUUAAAAGGAUAAGAAAGUCAUCCUCUUAUGAUUAUGAAGCGCUCGAUGAAGCCAUGUCCAUAAGUGUCGAAAUGCUUCGAAAAGAUCUGAAAGACUACUACAUGGAUCUUUCUGUCCUUCAAAAGGAUGUUAAAGUGCCUUCAAAAGUGUUUUGUAUUCUUUGGGACAUGGAGACCGAAGAAGCUGAGGACAUGCUGCAGGAAUUUGUUAACAAAUCUCUCCUAUUUUGUGAUCGGAAUGGGAAAUCAUUUCGUUAUUAUUUGCAUGAUCUCCAGCUUGAUUUUCUUACAGAGAAGAAUCGAUCCCAGCUUCAGGAACUACAUAAAAAAGCAGUUCAUCAAUUCAAGAAACAUUAUAAGCAUUCUGUCCCAGCUCCGCCACAAGAGGACUGCAUGUAUUGGUAUCAUUUUCUGGCUUACCAUAUGGCGAGUGCAAAUAUGCAUGAGGAACUGUGCGCCCUCCUGUUUUCGCUGGAUUGGAUUAAAACAAAAACAGAACUGUUGGGUCCUGCUCAUUUGAUUCAUGAAUAUGUUGAAUACAGUCAAAUAUUGGAUCAAAAGGACACUGUUGUACGGGAAAACUUCCAGGAAUUUCUGUCUUUAAACGGACACCUCCUUGGACGACAACCAUUUCCAGACAUUGUACAGUUAGGACUGUGUCAGCCUGAAAACUCAGAAGUGUAUCGGCAAGCAAAGCUACGAGCGCAGGAAGAAUGUGCCAAGGGAUCUUUUUAUGUGGAGUGGAUAAAUAAAAAAUCCAUGAAGAACAUCUACCGUCUGGUUGUGCGUCCACAUACAGAUGCAGUUUAUCACGCUUGUUUUUCCCAGGAUGGACAGAGAAUAGCAUCAUGCGGAUCUGAUAAAACACUGCAGAUUUUUAAAGCUGAAAGCGGGGAAAAGCUUCUGGAAGUAAAAGCUCACGAGGAUGAAAUUCUCUGCUGUGCUUUUUCUGCCGAUGACAAGUUUGUGGCCACUUGUUCCGCAGAUAAAAAAGUGAAAGUCUGGAAUUCAAGAACGGGUCAGCUUGUGAAUUUAUUUGAAGAACAUACCGAGCAGGUCAACUGCUGCCAGUUUAACCACACAAAUGCCCACCUGUAUCUAUUAGCUACCUGUUCAAAUGAUACCUUUAUCAAACUCUGGGAUUUGAACAAGAAAUACUGUCGUAACACAUUGUUUGGCCAUUUAAAUUCUGUUACACACUGUAGAUUCUCACCAGAUGACAAGUAUGUGGCUAGCUGCUCAACCGAUGGAACUUUGAAGCUUUGGAAGGUGCGUUCAGCAAAUGAACUGAAAACAAUUGAUGUGAGAGAAAACUUCCGGAAUAUGGAUGAAUAUUAUGAUGAUGUGGAAGUGCUGGUGAAAUGCUGCUGUUGGUCGUCAGAUGGCACUAGAAUUAUUGCGGCAGCCAAAAAUAAACUUUUUCUGUUUGAUGUCAAGACCAGUGAUUUAUUGGCAGAGAUCCUUAUAAAUUGCCAUAGUACUAUUCAGUACUGCGAUUUUUGUCCUAACAGUCAAAUGGUAGCCGUUGCUUUAUCCCAUUAUUCUGUUGAGAUAUGGGAUAUUGAAACCUUUUCCAAAAUGGCUGACUGUCGGGGACAUAUGAGUUGGGUACAUUCUGUGACAUUUUCACACGACGGAUCUCUGUUUCUGACGUCUUCUGAUGAUCAGACAAUAAGAGUCUGGGAGACAAAUAAGGUGUGCAAGUCCUCUGCUGUUGUGUUAAAGCGUGAAAUAGAUGUUUUGUUUCUGGACAAUGAAGUGAUCGUCUUAGCCAUUGACAGUCUGAAACGUCUGCAGCUAAUUAAUGGACGCACAGGUCAAACUCUUUAUCAGUCUGAAGCCCAGGAGCCUUUCAUUUGUUGCUGUUGUCUAAACGAAGACCUGCAAACCGCUGCGUUCGGCGACGAGGAAGGGACAGUAAAGGUAUUAAGUCUGUCGAGUGGAAAAGUUGUCAAAUCUAGAACUGGACACAGGAAAGCCGUACAACAUUGCCAGUUUACCUCUGAUGGGCAAACCCUUCUUUCAAGCUCUGACGAUUCAACAAUUCAGGUCUGGAACUGGCAGUCAGACGAAUCUCUCCUCCUGGAAGGUCAUAAGGAAUCGGUCAAGAAUUUCAGGCUUCUGGAACAUUCUGAGCUUCUUUCUUGGUCAUUUGAUGGGACCGUUAAGCUCUGGAACAUACUUACUGGAGAAUUGGAAAGAGACGUGAGUUGCCACGAAGAUGCUAUUCUUUCUUGUGCUGUUUCGCAUGAUGCCACCAGAUUUUCUACUACCUCUGCUGACAAGACGGCCAAAAUAUGGAGUUUUGAAAGCUUGUCUGUCCUUCACAAGUUGAGUGGCCAUGAGGGUUGUGCGAGAUGUUGUGCCUUUUCUCUUGACAAUGAACUGCUGGCCACAGGAGAUGACAAUGGAGAAAUACGGAUCUGGAGUGUUUCAAGUGGAGAGCAGCUUCACCUUUGUUCCCGUGCUUCAAUAGAGGAUGGAGAAUCAGCCCACGGAGGCUGGGUGACAGACCUCUGCUUUUCCCCGGAUGGUAAAAUGCUUGUUUCUUCUGGGGGGUAUGUUAAGUGGUGGAACGUGGACACUGGUCAACCCCUACAAACAUUCUACACAAAUGGAACCAAUCUGAAAUUCCUCCAUGUGUCUCCAGAUUUCAAAGUGUGUGUGACUGUUGAUAACCUCGGCAUUCUUUAUGUGCUGCAGAUUAUGGAAUAUGGAACAUGAGACCGGAUCUGACAGCUUUUGAAAAAGCAGCAUUUUGAGCCGGAAGCAAAUUCCACAAACGUUUACACAUUUGUUCAAUCAUGAAGUGGUUUUUUUAAAAAAAAACCCUCUUUCCAGGAGUUACACAGCUCUACUUGCAUGGUACAUCCGGGAUGGUUUUCAAAUCAGUAUAUAUUGAAUCUUCCAUUUGGUCUAACUUGUGAACUAUUUCCCACUGUUACAGGGAGAAACAUUUCUAUAGGUACUGCACAAAGUCACCAUCAAAGGAAGCUUAAUAAGAUUGCAUAGAUCCAGUGGCAAAAGCUCCCAAGCCAUAAAUAAUGAUACUGCAAAGUACCAUAAACUGCUGUUUCACUUUGUGCAAUUUUGGGGUGCUUAAAAAAAAUCCUUGUUGAUUUAUUUUUUAAAAAUGAUUUUGUAAUGGCAUUGGUAUAUUAUGUGAAUAACUGAAAAGCCCAGUACGAUAUACAGAUAUACUGCAGGUUACUUCCUGCAAAUCACCAGCAAAAGGCAUUGACAGUUGAAUUUUUCUUGCCUCCCCACCACAACAGAGCCAUUUCCAAAAGCCUAUUCCCGGUAUCAAAGAGCACAUAUGGAGCAAUAGUAAUGCAGACUCUGCAGCUGUUGUGGGGAGAGGGAAGAGAAUGCCUUUUGCAUGAGCAGCGCUCUGCUUGUGGAAGAAGGAAGGAGAGAUUUGAUCCCUCCCUUUCCUCCGGCAGCUUCCUAACCCAUUUGCAGGUCCCUCACUCCUGGUAAUAACAUUUGCUCUGGCUGAGCAAGGGUUUGUGGGUAGGGGUGGCAGAGAGGGGGAAUUCCGUGAUCCUUGUGCCCGCAGAAUUCAGGGUCCACUUCUGUGUAUUUUCAGUGAAGAUAUUUGUAAACCAGCACUGAUUUUCCAUUUGGUAAAAAAAUUCAGAAUUUACCGUCAUGAAAUAAUUAAACCCUGUACUUUUCAGCAAGGUUUAUUUUACCUCAGUCAGGGUUUUAAUAGGGGUUGUCACUGUCAUAACUUCAGACGACCGUAUCUGAAGUCUAUUUGCCUCCUUAAGUCUAUUUGCCUCCUUACCUUGUAACUUCUUUCUGGGUGGAAACCAUAUGUUAAUUUUCUAGGCGGCAGUCUUGUGUUUGUGAAUAUUUAGAGGAGAAAAAAAUCACGAAAUUUAUCCCUGCUUAAUCAUUAUGUCUAAAGAAUAUAUUUCAGCCAAGUGAAUUUUAUUUAAAUUGAUAAUACGAAAUGUAAAUGUGUUAAAUGUAAAUCAAAUGUGCCGAUUGGACAGUCUCGGGGACUGUGCCAAUAUUAUCUUCAAUGGCGUGGAGCUAAAAUAGUGUCUCUGGGGUUUGAGAUAAAACCCUUUGAAGGAUUUUCCCUACUGACAUCAAUGGACUUCAGAAAUAAGGAAGUAUUUGCAGACAACUUACUACGUGAGCAAUUUGUAGUAAUAAUAGCAUCAAUGGAUUACAUCGCUUUUUUCAAAGUGUUAUCCCUCUGAAGAGCGCUUUCAGUAACUUCAGAUUAAAUUUAACUAUGGCCUUUCUGAGUUUGCCAAACUUUACCCACAACUAUAAAUAAUUCUAUAGGGCAACAUUAAAUACAUCAAAUAAAACAGUAUUUAGUCCACAUCUUGCUUAUUUUCUUCGGAUGCCAUACGCCACAGCAAGUUGUCAUGUCCUUAAGAUGUGUCUGAUUUUAUGGGCUGUCUUCACCUUCAGAUGUGCAGGUCGUUUAGUUCUUGCCUCUACUCACCAGAAAACCCCUAGACCAAAAUGGCCCAUAGAAUGCCAUGUAACGGGACUAAAGAAAACCUACCCCUGAAGUUUGUCCAGAAACAAUGGGAAAUCCUUUGUGUUUUUCACUAGUUUGGAGCUAAUAUUUAGAAAGGAUAUUUGUAAUACAAAAAGGAUGCUUUUUCUUUGUUUUAGAAUUCCUGAAACUUGUGCCAGCUCUUGUGUGUGCCUGAAAAUGAGAUUUUCUACAGUUGAAAUGUGAAAUAAGAUUUUCUUGAAAUAAGUUUUUCUGUUUUCUGUUAGUGCUAUCCAUUGCAACCUAGACUAGGGUGCGCCUAAAAAGCCUCUGUUGAAAUAAUUAUACUUGGAAGACAUGGCUUCCAGUUUGAUGUUACCAUAGAUAGUGGUCUGUACUCUACCACUCUGCUCAGCAAAGCGGAAAGCCGGCCUGCAAUUGAAAUGGCUCUUCCACCAGAGGAAAAACUGCUUAAGUUGGAGGAAGUCUUCCUAGGCUGGAAUAAGGCCUCAAACAUUGCCGAACAGAAGGGGUGAAUGUAGGCCACCAGAGGUCCUGAUAGCGUCUGAAAACUUUCAUGUUGGGCUAAACUGCCCGACUGCUGUGCUAUUUAAGAUACACCUUUUUCAAACGAAAUUGUUAAAUUUGUUGAACAGGCUGGGGUUUUUUUAUGGUGCUAAAAUGUUGCUUUCACAAAGGGACUGGGUUUUAAUAAGUUGAUCGUGCAUCUUGAAUCAAUAAAUUUUUUUAAUGAAUUGA